AUGUCAAUAUCAUGUGCCAUGUAUUCGAUGAUUAAUGUAUCAAUCCUAUUGCUAUCUCUCGCGUGUACGGUGAACUCAUUGAAACCUGCAACGAAGUAUUCGAAGCAGGCUAUUGAUGUGAAAGGUGCUCCAUCGCAAAAUGUGGUAAAUGCAUCUUCGUUCCCGGUGCUGAUGUCGUAUCAUUAUUCUUCCCGAGAUUCUGAAGCUAUAUUCAUCAUGUCAACGUGCACCUUAAAUUAUCGAUGGGAUGGUGUUGCACUCAGCAAGGCUCAAAAAUCAAUCGUCGCGUUUGAAGUAGUGGACGGUGCUCAAGUUGUGAAAUCGAGUUAUGUGGAGCCUGCCGUGACUAUCAACUGGCAAACAAAUCAACGACAAAUGCCUGAAGCUUGUCAAGUCAAACGGUGGGAUGAGGUGCUUUUCGUAGUGAUAUGCCCCAAAUUGGGGCGCGAAGUUACCGCGACAUUGUCCAUGCACGCUGGAUCCGAGCGCGUUGAAAUCUGGGAAGGCGUACAUGUUAGCAUCGACCGCGAUGCGCUUCCAACAAGGCAGGUGCAAGUAUGUAGCAUGGACGGCAAACCUGGGGAUGAGAAUGUCGACAGAAUGUUGAACCACGCUGCGUACUACAGUGCCAUUGGCGUUGAUGCUGUUCGCCUGUAUUAUCGCGGGGGGUGGGGUGCGCCUGGGUUUUCAGAUGAAUUGGGCUCCGAGGAGCUCGCCGCGUGGAUACAGUCAGGGAAGCUUGAGAUAGUACCUUGGAAUCCAUCCUGGGACAUGACUCCCAGCAAUGAUGCAUGGAAGGCUCCUGAGCCUGCCGGCUGGGAAUGCGCAGGUGACGGGCCAGCAUAUCUAGAUUGCUUGUAUAUGGCCAAGGGCAGCGUUGAUUGGCUCGGAGUUGUACAACAAGACGAGUUUUACCAUCCUCAGAAACAGAAGCACUUGCGGAAAAUAUUGGCAUCCAUUCCGCCUGACAUCGAUUAUUUGGUGUACACGUUGUACGAGUGGAAUGCAACCCGUCCGGGGAAGGUGUCUAAUUAUCUGGCGGAUCUGACAGAAGAGCACGUUCUGCGAAGUCCAUAUAUUGGAGCUGACGGCGGGACAGCGUGGGGGGUUCUUGUCCGCCCUCGUUCGGCAGUUCAUCUCGGUGCUCAAGGUGCAGUUCUUUCCAGUGACGAGGCGCUUGGUCGAUACCUGGACCCUGAAGGAGAACUUGUUAUGGAGCAUUUCACUAAGCAUCCAAACGUGAGGUUUUCACGAGACAUCCGUGUGAACACCACUGCAGUCAAUGUCAGAUCAUUGGACGACCAAGCACAGACCCUUUCAGAGACCGAAUUAGACGAGUCACAUUUUCUCGAAUAUCAGCCCUACGCAGUGUGGAAGGAGGAGUGGGCAGUUAAAGUGGCAGCUGUCCGAAAACACAUAAGACACAUGUACAUGUGA